CGUCAAAGAACAGGAAUAACCAUCUUUGACAGUUUGACAUUAGAAACAAAAGAAAAAACGUUAGAAGGGUGAAAAUGGGAACAGAAUGUAUUACAGAACCAAGUGGGGCCAAGGAAACUAAAGGCCCAAAGUCUGUAAGGUUGUUGGACUCUGUAAAGAAGUAUCUAUUUGUGAUGGGCUCAUGUCUUCUACUGUUUGCAGCUGCUAGGAAUUCAUUUCAUUGGCAGGUCCACAGAAUAUGGGGAGCAACUGGAAGUUUGUGGCAGAGUUAUUGGGACUUUAUCUAUGACAAGCUAGGCCGUGACAAUGACUUCAUGUUUUGUUUUGCAGCAAUGUGGGUUGUAUCUGGAUGUGUGUUUUGGUUGGCUAAUGCAUUCUUUAUGAUGCUGGAUAUAACUGGCAUACCACAGUGUAUAAAGAAAUAUAAAAUACAGGAAGAUGUCCAGAUGGACAUGCAACAGUUCAAGAAGACCAUCAAGUUGGUUUUAUUCAACCAGGUGGUUAUAGGGCUUGUGUUUUGUUAUGGUGUGACAUGGUCAUUCAUAAAGCGGGGGAACUCAAUCGGUGGCGAACUACCUUCCUUUCAUUGGGUCUUGUUUGAAAUUCUUGUCUUUUCACUUGUAGAAGAAUUUUUCUUCUACUAUACACACAGAUUACUACAUCAUCCACGUCUGUAUAAACAUAUUCAUAAGAAACAUCAUGAGUGGACGGCUCCUAUUGGUAUUGUGGCUAUAUACGCUCACCCUAUAGAGCAUCUGUUCAGUAACAUCCUUCCUCCAGCACUAGGACCACUUCUAAUGGGAUCUCAUCUUGCAACUGCCUUACUAUGGUUCAGUAUUGCCCUGCUGUCUACAACAAUCUCUCACUGCGGCUAUCAUCUCCCCUUGUUCCCAUCUCCAGAGGCACAUGAUUAUCAUCAUCUCAAGUUCAAUCAGAAUUAUGGUGUGCUAGGAGUAUUGGACCGUCUUCAUGGCACGGAUAUACAGUUCAGGAACAGUAAACAGUAUCAGCGUCAUCUGAUGCUUCUCAGUCUGGUUCCCCUCUCUCAACAAUAUCCAAGCUCUCCUAAAAAGAAACCAGAAUAAAGCGGAUUUUCUGUCUAUUUUUAGCCAUGCUGAUUUUCUGUCUCUUUUUGCCAUGCUGAUUUUCUGUCUAUUUUUAGCCAUGCUGAUUUUCUGUCUAUUUUUAGCCAUGCAGAAGUAUUGUGUCAGUAUUAGGAUAACCCUAUUUUUACCUCUUUUUUUUGUCUCUCUGAAAGGGAAGUUCCUAUUUGAAUUUCUAUUUUUAGCUUCAGUUUGGUAAUAAUCACAUGACAGGCUUAAAUUCUUUUUGGCAUUUUUGGAAAAUUCACAGAAAGAUUUAAGUAGGUCUCAGGAAACUAUAUUAUUUGUCAGAACUAUAUCAAUAGAUGUCAAAUUGAUAUCAUUUAAUGACAUCAAACUUUGGACAGCAAUAUUAUUGUUGCAUUGAAUAUCCUAACAAACAGUGCAGACCAUACAGAUGUCGAAGGUGUGCCAGAUGACUUUGGUCUGCACUGGUCACAUGGGUAGAACCAGUUGCCAGCAUAUAAUAAUAAGGCUAAGAGAUGGGAACAGAAAAUACAGAGAUUUUAUUUGACGUAUAUGUCAGUAUAUCAUAUCCCCUUAAUACAUGAACAUGUAAAAAGAGUUGAAAUAAAAUUCUCACAGAUUAUUAAUAUUACAUUUCUUUGAGACAGGGAGGAUAAAAUUUGUGAGACACAGUUUGUAUGUCGUUUUUAAAUAUUUUAGGGAGAUGAAUAACAUACAAAUAUUAAAUGGAGAAGUUUAUUUAUAGUUUACUGUUUUUGUUGACCUUUAUUUUGAUCAUUGUUAGUCAAAAUGAGUGAUUUGUUAGUGUACUUGUUGUGACAGAUGUUAGAGAUUGUGUCUUUGUGUUUUAUUUAUAUUUAUUGUGUUUAGUUUUUAUCACAAAAUGAAGGUUUUUUUCAAUUUCUGUUGAAAGAAAAAUGAGAAUGAGGUCAAAUAAGGUGAAGGUCACUGAAUGAGGUCAGGUAAAGUGAAGGUCAAUGAAUGAGGUCAGUUAAAGUGAAGGUCACUGAAUGAGGUCAAUUAAAGUGAAGGUCACUGAAUGAGGUCAGGCAAAGUGAAGGUCAAUGACUUUUGGUUUACAUGUUCUUCAUAACUGUAGGUUAAAAUUAAGAUCUAGAAGUUAAUAAAGUUCUGCCUGCCCCUGUGCCCACUCUAUGCCUGAAAUUAAACUUGGAGGUGAAGCUUUUGGAAGUUAGCAAAUCAGGACAGCUAGACACUUAUAUAAUGUUGUAAAAUAUGUGAUAAUUAUGUGACUAAAAUUCUACACAUCAAGCUUUCUUCACUCUAUAAAAAAAAUUGAUUAUCUGACAACUUGGUGGGCAUUAUUGAAACAUUUUGGGACCUCUUUUGUAAAGAAUUAUACUAACAAUUCAGUUUUGUUUUAGUUUGAAUUAAAUAACACAUCUAUUAAAAAAAACACACUUUUGCGUAGGAUAUUUUAUGACCUUGUUUAAAUAGUACAUAUUUUACUCUGUGAUCUAAUUCAGAACAAACCUGUUCAUUUUGUGUAUUUACUUUCAUGAUUUUUUGUUAUUUACAAAACUUGUGAUUAAUAGUGGAUCAGAAUCUCUCUUAGUUAAUUUUUACAUGUCUAUAUAUAUAUAUAUGUAGUUUUAUAUUUUUUUUUUCAAUCAUUCACAUUUUUUGUUUUUCUUAAUAUUUUUGUUUUGUAUUUCAUUAUUUUAUUUCUGUUUCAUCAGUCAAACUUUGUUAAUAUUCAUGGGGUUUUUUUUCAGUAUUUUUUUUCAUUUCUAUUUUAUUAACUUAAAGACAAAUUUUAAUGUGCCAGUAUCCCCUUUGUUUUUUUAAAUAAAUAGUUUUGAAAACAAAAAAUAUAACCGUAACAUACAGAAUUGACAACAGAUUUUAUUUUUGGACUUUUACAAUAGGUAAGUGCAGUUUGCUGUCCCUUUGUCUCUUGCAGCUAACUGGUUUGGGUUCAAAUCCCACAGUAGCUGUAAAAUUCUUUUAUUUAAGGAACUUAUGCAGUCAGCUUUUUGUAGAGUUGGUGGUUUUGCUCAGCCAAAAUGAAAGCAUGAAUGGGCAAAUGAGGUCUACCCAUACCAUAUUAACAGUGUUAGUGUGAGACUUAAAGGAACUCCUCUGAGGCCCGAAAGUCUAGAAACAUCAAAUUUGAAUUUCUUAAAUCACCCGGCUGGGGAACUUAAAACAUAACAAUUGGCAAAAGAUUAUUAAGAAAUAAACCCAUAAAUAUAUUGUGUAUCUUAAUUUUGAGUUAUACUUACAUGUAGUCUGAAUGAAAAGCAUUGCAAUGCUUUUCAGUUUUAUGUCAUUUUUCACAAUUAGAAUUAUUAUGCUGGAAAAACUGAGUGAGCAAAUGAUCUGAAAUUUGGCACACAAGGUAUUGAUCUAGACCUACAUCAAAAUGAAAUGGAGCAUAAAUCUCAAAAAUUAUUUACAGUUCCGUCAUAUAAAAAACCUCAGAAGUGUACAUUUAAAACUAAAACUAGCAAAAAAUUACAAUUAAAAGAAUAUUAGAGAAAUCAUUCACUGUGUACAAUGUACAUUAAAUAGAGGAUAUCUGUUUGUUUUGCAUUAAAGAUCGAAUAUA